GUUUUGAUGUUGCAAAGACAGGUGAUGCCCGAAUUGGGUUUGUGGGGUUUCCAUCAGUGGGGAAAUCUACUCUGCUGAGUAACCUUGCUGGAGUGUACUCUGAAGUGGCAGCAUAUGAGUUCACUACACUGACUACUGUACCUGGAGUCAUCAGGUACAAAGGAGCAAAGAUACAGCUGCUUGAUCUGCCAGGAAUUAUUGAAGGUGCCAAGGAUGGCAAAGGCAGAGGACGACAGGUCAUCGCAGUUGCUCGAACCUGUAAUCUCAUUCUGAUUGUUCUGGAUGUGCUGAAACCCCUUGGUCACAAGAAAAUCAUUGAGAAUGAACUGGAGGGAUUUGGAAUUCGACUGAAUAGUAAGCCCCCCAAUAUUGGCUUUAAAAAAAAGGAUAAAGGAGGCAUUAACCUUACAGCCACAUGCCCUCAGAGUGAGCUGGAUACUGAAACAGUGAAGAGCAUCUUAGCGGAGUACAAGAUUCACAACGCUGAUGUCACACUGCGCAGCGACGCCACUGCUGAUGACCUGAUUGACGUUGUUGAAGGAAACAGGGUUUACAUCCCAUGCAUUUAUGUCCUGAAUAAAAUUGACCAAAUUUCCAUUGAGGAACUAGAUAUUAUUUACAAAGUACCCCACUGUGUCCCAAUAUCUGCUCAUCAUCGCUGGAACUUUGAUGAUCUGCUGGAGAAAAUUUGGGACUACUUGAAGCUAGUGCGAAUCUACACCAAACCCAAAGGGCAACUCCCAGACUACACCUCUCCCGUGGUGCUACCUUACUGCAAGACUACAGUGGAGGAUUUUUGCAUGAAGAUCCACAAAAAUCUCAUUAAAGAUUUCAAAUAUGCACUGGUCUGGGGUUCAUCUGUUAAACACAAUCCUCAAAAAGUUGGCAAAGAUCAUACUCUUGAAGAUGAGGAUGUUAUUCAGAUUGUGAAGAAAUAAAGUUGUUCUCACAUGG